ACUAGUGGCGGACCAACACCUGAAUAAAUGAAUGUUGUUUCUUCUGAGAACAAUUUAAAGAAAAAGUACUUCAAUGACAAGAUGUCUAUUAAAAUAGAGGACAUAGCUAAUGCUCUAGAUAGCAUAUCGAAAGAAUGUAGGACUAAGGACAGAGUGAAGUUGUGCUUUAUCUAUUUGCUCAGCGCAUUUCUAAUAAUGCCAAGUCCUGGUUCGAUAGUAGAUCUUAAAUGGCUACAACUAGUGGACAGGCUAGAUAUAUUUGACAAAUAUUGUUGGGGGAAGCUGGCAUAUGAGAAACUAAUAGAGCAAAUCACGAAAAAAGAUAUGAAGAAUAAUCCCACUGAGAAGGAGAUUAAGUGGAACUUCUUUAGUUGUCCUUGGAUAUUUCUGAUAUGGAUUUGUGAAGCAAUGCCAAAGUUGGGCGACAUGGUAGGACAAAGAAUCCCAGGAAACCAUAUUCCUCGAUGGCUUGGUUGGAAAAUAAAUGAUAAGCAUAAACUCACAGUUACAAGAAUAUCAGAAGUAAUAGAAAAUGAUGUUGAGGUAUUUAUCCACAUACAAAAUUAUUUAUUGUCUUGUAUAAAAAAAAUAUGAUCAAGGCAACUUAUG